AUGAUGUUGCACGAAGCAGUUAUGCUGGAAAUUUAUAGGCAGGCGCUCACAGCAAGUGAGUUGACCAGCCCGCGUUGCCAAUCGCGCGAAUCGAAUGUAUCAGCAGCGGCAAUGGAGGGACGUUGCCCUUCAAAUGGCUCGCAUUGUUCCGGCAACGAGCGCUCAACAACACCCGCCACGAGUUCGUUACCCAGUACACCGCCUGCCGGCCUACCGCUGCAGGCCACACUAGCACCAGCGGCAGCAGCAGCAUUGCUGCCACCACAAUCGGCCGCCAUGGCUGCCUACUUCAAUGCCGCAGCAGCAGCAGCAGCACAACAAAAUCAUUUGCUGCUAACCAAUCCGUUAGCAGCCGCCGCGACGCUGGUGCAGCAAGCAACACAAGCGCAUUCGCCAACAACAAAUCGGCAGCCAACAGCACCCACCUCGCCGCAAACCGAUGCAACCAACGAUGAGCCAGUAUUGGAUUUUAGCACCAAACGCCGACGGGUAUCCGAACGUGAGAGUGACUCCGAUGAUGACAAUCAUGAGCGCAACGCUGAGGACGGUGGCAUGCAGAACGCUGAGGCAGCAAUGGACGUGAAUAGCCCGCUUGAUUUGACAGUUGGUGGACGUAAGCGCGCCGCAACGAUUGACGAGCCACCACCACACAUCGCAAUGCGUAAGAGCUUACGUACCGCGUUACCACCGGCCGCCACCAGCAAUUGGGUACCAACAAUCAAUCCAUAUUUAGCCGCAGUGGCUGCGGCCAGCUUAUCGCCGCCCAAAUCGCCACUCUCGCCGCUCGAAUGGAGCGGCAAACACAAACUAUUGCCAAAUGAAGCUACCAAAGCGUUAGAGAAAAUGACUGAAAUGACAAGACUUGGCUCGGCUACAGACAGUGCCGAGCUACCGCCGCACCGCCAGCUUAGUGCCAAUGGCAACAACAGCAGCGCGUCUAGCAAUGCCGGCAACGGUGGACGUCACAGUGCGUGGCAGUCGCAUUGGUUGAACAAGGGCGCAGAUGCCGUGCGCGAUGUCUUCAAGUGCGUCUGGUGUAAACAGAGCUUUCCCACGCUCGCCACAUUGACGGUACACAUGAAGGAGACGCAACACUGUGGUGUCAAUAUGCCUGCUACGGCGACGACACCAACUACUGGUAUCCCCACCAAUGGCAAUCAGUCGGCACAAUCAACACAUCACUUACGUCACACGGCUAAUGCCGGCACAACAUCGGCUGCCACAACAACAGCAGCAACAGGAGGGAAUACAACAACCGCCGCCAAUAAAUCUGAUCUCAAUUUGUUAAUCAAAGAAACGAUGCCAUUGCCACGCAAGCUGGUGCGUGGCCAAGAUGUCUGGCUGGGCAAGGGAGCCGAGCAAACGCGCGAGAUCCUCAAGUGUAUGUGGUGCGGCCAGAGUUUUCGCUCGUUAGCCGAAAUGACAUCGCACAUGCAGGAGACGCAACACUACACGAACAUAAUAUCCCAAGAGCAGAUCAUUUCAUGGAAGUCGACGGAUGAUAAGAGCUCGAAUGGCAGCAGUGCAGCCUCAGUUGGUGGCGGUAGCGGCGGCACAACAACAACAUCCACAUCACCUGUCGUGACAACGCCACCAGCGACUGCUAGCGGUCUAAAUACCGUCGUCACUAUGCGCCAGUCCAGUCCCAGUCACAACAACAACAGCGCGUCGGCUACCGUAAGUGCCGUGCUGACAUGCAAGGUGUGCGAUCAGGCAUUCGCCACGCUCAAGGAGCUCAGCAAUCACAUGAUGAAAAAUUCACACUACAAGGAACAUAUGAUGCGUGCUAUGGGCGGUGUGGAGCAUGCCACAAUGACGCCGACCACGACUGCCGGCCCGACAAAUGCGGGACGGCGUGGCGGACGACAGCUGCGUGAAAAACGCAAAAAGUCAUUGCCAGUGCGUAAACUGCUGGAGCUGGAGCGCGCGCAACAGGACUACAAGCUCAACAGUUUGGAUCCGGCAUUGAAGCCUUUACGUGACUUUGCCGCCACUACGAAAAUUACUUGCGAGAAAUGUGGUGAAAAGAUUGAGACCGCGCUAUUUGUCGAUCACAUACGCCAGUGCCUCGGCGGAACGUUGCUGGUGCCAACACGCAAUCAUAACAGCGUCAGCGAUAGCUUGAAGUCCACCUUCAAUGCGAUGGAACAGCUGGCGAGUCCACAAACCCCUACUAGUCGCAGCGAUGGACGCAAAACCGCCGAUAGCAAUAUGUCACAUGCUUCAGCCACGCGUCCCGAAAUACUAUGUCCGAUACCAAAGGAGGGAGAAAAGACGAGCACGUCCUCCACACCAUCGGUGCUAAAUGCCAUCGAGCAGCUGAUCGAGAAAAGUUUCGACACACGUCCACGUAAUAGUAGCAACUACGCCGGCAGCGGUAAUGGCAGUCAACGCAGCACACCCUUGGGUUCAAGUAUUUUGAAGCGACUCGGUAUUGACGAUACCGUGGACUACACGAAACCAUUGCUGGAUCCGCAGACUAUGCAUUUUAUGCGCUCCUACUCCAAUUACUCGGCGCGCGAUCGCAGCGCUAGCGAAUCCAGUUCGAUCUCCGAGCGCUGUAGCAGUCGUAUCGAGUCUUUUACGCCCGAACGUAAUACCACGCAAGUGACACCACGUCAAACACCAGAUAAGGUGGUGGCUACAGUGGAACCGAAGCCCGUAUCAGCUACCGAAGACGGAGCAAUGCACACCGAGCUGUUGAAUAUUAAAUCAGAGCCAACAGAGAUAGCAGAAACCACCAAUGAGUCACAAGAACCGACAGCUAGCGAGCAGAAGGACGCUAUGAAUUUGUCAGCCACAUCGCCACAAAAGAUCUCCGUUAAGAAAGAGUUCAACAUGAUCGAUAACCACGAAGAUGAGCGUCAAUCGGGCGAUGCGCGGCACUACAAGCCUCAAUCGCGCACACCUUGCUCGCGCGCUACCAGUCCAAGCGCCAGCGAACGCUCCAUCACGCCCAAGUCCACAACAUCGUCGGCAGAUAAACGCUUCGCCGCAGUGGGUAGCAGCCUCACAGCGCUUUCUUCCAUGUUUGAUAGCCUAAAUAAUAUGAGCAGCAGCGUGACUAGCGCACAAUCACAUACCAACGCCGACAGUCUCGCCAGCGCCGAAACUAAUAAUAACAACAAUAAUAACAAUGCGAAUAAGAAGUCGAAUGCCAAUCCGCUCGCUGCACUGCAAAAACUCUGUGAAACCACUGAGAAACCGUCAAUGAAGACGCGCAGCGCCACCACCAAUGGCAUCAGUCAUCAGUCGCAGCUAACCGGCAAUAUGAUGGCUUUCAGUUGGGCCUGCAAUGAUGCAGUGCAGAAUACGACAGCCGAGUCCAUGAUCAAGUGUACACAAUGUGAUGCCGUUUUCAGUACGAAGGGCGCCUAUCGUCAUCACUUCUCCAAAGUACAUUACAGCAAGGAGGAUAGCGAAUUGAAUGCUUUGGUUAGUGCUAGCAAGUCGCCUUCAUCGCUAGCUUGCUCACCGAAAUCGGCUGGUGCUUCGCCAAAGAGCUCAUCGAAGAGUCCAGUGGGCGCAGGCAGCAUGAGCGCGCCCAUAAUUAAUCCGUUUAGCGAUAGUUCACAAUCAAAGUUCCUCAAAUAUACCGAAUUGGCGAAGCAAUUGUCAUCGAAGAAUGCAUAA